GUCAGCGAGCAUGUCAGCAGAGAGGAAGAGCAAGUGGGACGAGCAGGGAGAGGCAGGCGCAAAGCCCGGCCCUGAUGCUGCUGCCGCUGCCGCUGCUGCCGUGGCCGCCAAGAUUGCUGCGCAGUACGGCGCCUCUUCGUCGGCAUCUUCUGGUGGUCAUGACGCGCGGUCUCCUUCUGCAGGCGAUGUCAGGAAGCCAGAUCUACACGAUGCCGAAUUUACGCAUGACAUUGAGAUCAACGACCAGCGAAAUCGAUACAUGCUCACAAAGGGCCAGACACAAAAGCAGCUCGAGGAAGAGACGGGCGCUUCCGUCACGACAAAGGGGACAUGGUACCCCGACAAGUCGCUUGCUACCGCACAGGACCCUCCGCUGUUCCUACAUAUUUCGGCGACGACCAAGGAGAUCCUCGACAAGGCCAUCGCGGCCAUCAAUGAGCUCAUGGCACAGGAUGUUCCUCAGCUUAUCGAGGACCGGCAUGCCAAGCGUCUCGAAUACGAGGCUCAGCGACGGGCACAUGCGCCGCCUGGGCGGCGCGAAUGGCCGGAGGAGAAGGUCUUCAUUGGCUUGGACUCCAUGCGCAACUUCAAUGUGCGAGCAAAGACGGUCGGACCUGGGGGCGUCUUUGUCAAGUACAUCCAGGGCGAGACCGGCUGCCGAGUCCAGAUCAAGGGGUUAGGAUCGGCGUUCAAAGACCCAAAUACGGGCAUGGAGAGCCAAGAGCCGAUGCACAUCCACCUGACAGGCCCCGAUGCAGCCAAGGUCGCCGAGGCAAAGGAGCUUGCCAUGGAUCUCCUCGACACAGUCAGGACGAGACACGCAGAGGCACAGCAGGCGACAAUGGCGCAGUGGGGGCCCCACACCCACAUGCAGGCAGGCAUGCCAGGGUACGGAUCGCCCGGAGCCUAUGGCCAGGGGGCGCAGCAGGGCUACGGAGCGUACCCAGGAUGGGAUCAGCAGCAACAAGCUCAAAUGCAGCCACAGCAACCACAGCAGGCGCACCCUCCCCAACCGCAGGGUGAAGCGCCACCGCUGCCCGAUGAUGCGCCUCCGCCACCGCCCCCGGAGGACGAGGCACCUCCGCCACCGGCCGAACCGGCAAAGAAGAAGAAGACGCCAGAGGAAGAGGCCAUGGACAAGUAUUGGAACGAUUACAUCACCUGGGAAAAGUCUUACGUCGAGUACCAUAAGCGGUUGCCGACAAAAGACGAAGGCGGUCAGGAUGUCCCUCCCGAAUACCGGACGGCUCAGAAUGGCCGGUGAAGGUCAGAGGGGGAACGAAGCGCUCUCUGUCUCCUGUGAAUGUAUAUCUUUGUUGCAAAACUUCUUUACAAU